UCGCUUGUCGGAACGGCGUUUCUUCCCCUACUCUUUUUAACAUUUUUCGUGUGAAGCCCCCAUGUGGGUGAAUUAGAAGACGAAGCGAUUCGCGCCACUUGUCGACGAUUGCUGCCGGGCGGCAGGUAGAUAAUGUGCCUUGUCCCCUUUCGCCCCGCUCUUUACGCCGCUCUGUGAAAGGGCCGGAUUGGACUCCCGUUUUCCAAAAAACUGUUGACUCCUUUCGACGGUCACCUGUCUGUGCUCGCCACCUUCCGCUUCAAUCACCCCUGGCGCACUCCCAGAGAGAGGAUUCACGGGACACUUCGAGAACAAGAAAGUCCACGAGAACGUUAUCGUCCCGCCGCAUAACCUCGCUGAUUGGACCGCAAAAAAAAGAUUGUUGCUUGGUGCUUGGCAGCGUCUGUCCGGAUCUCUUGGCUGAUGGGGUUUUGAGGAUUUGAGCUGAGGUUGCUCGAUUUAAGUAGCUCCUUAACUGGGUGAGAGUCUUCUGCAUUCUGGGGGGAAAAUGGAAGAAGAGGAUGGGAUCGAAGAGAACAGUGCGAGUGGUGGUGAGGGGUCGAGAUGGGUCGAUGGGAGUGAGGUGGAUUCAGAGACGGCAGCUUGGGUUUGGCCCGGUGAGAACGAGGCAAGAGAAGGCCAAGGUUAUGGUUCCAUGAGAAGGCGGCUCGUGAAGAAGCCCAAGCGAGUUGACUCCUUCGAUGUGGAGGCCAUGGAGGUUGCCGGUGCUCAUGGGCAUCACCCCAAGGACCCUUCUGUUUGGCAAACUCUUGCCUUAGCAUUUCAAACACUUGGCGUCGUCUAUGGAGAUAUGGGCACAAGUCCUUUGUAUGUGUUUGCUGAUGUAUUCAGCAAAGUGACCAUCGAGUCCGAUGUUGACGUCUUGGGUGCUCUAUCGUUGGUAAUGUACACCAUCGCUCUCAUUCCCUUAGCCAAAUACGUUUUUGUUGUGCUGAAAGCCAAUGAUAAUGGGGAAGGAGGUACUUUUGCCCUAUACUCUUUAAUCUGCAGAUAUGCUAAUAUAAAUAUGUUGCCCAAUCGUCAACCUGCCGAUGAGCAGAUCUCAAGUUUUAGGCUCAAACUGCCGACCCCUGAGCUAGAGAGGGCCUUGAACAUUAAAGAAACUCUCGAAAGCAAAUCUUCAUUAAAAACCGUCCUCUUACUUUUUGUUCUAAUGGGAACUUCCAUGAUCAUAGGAGAUGGAAUUCUCACCCCAGCAAUAUCAGUGAUGUCUGCUGUGAGUGGGCUCCAGGGUGAAUUAGAAGGAUUUGAAACAAAUCUUUCUGCAGAUGCUGUGGUCGUUGUCUCAAUUGUGAUCCUACUGGCCCUAUUCAGCAUACAACAAUUUGGGACUGGAAAAGUGGGCUUCUUAUUUGCUCCUAUUCUUGCUUUGUGGUUCUUUUGCCUGGGAUCUAUUGGACUUUACAAUCUUUUAAAGCACGAUAUAACUGUCUUAAGGGCAGUGAAUCCGGCAUACAUUUAUUUCUUCUUCAAAAAGAACAGUGGAGCUGCAUGGUCAGCACUCGGAGGUUGUGUUCUCUGUAUUACAGGAGCUGAGGCAAUGUUUGCUGAUUUGGGCCAUUUUUCAGUUCGAUCUAUACAGAUUGCCUUCACUUUUGUGGUGUUUCCCUGCCUCCUCUUGGCUUACUUGGGCCAAGCUGCCUACCUAAUGAAGUACCCAGCUUCAGCUGAAAGAAUUUUCUACGACUCUGUACCAGGUAGUCUUUUCUGGCCAGUCUUAGUGAUUGCCACCAUUGCUGCCAUGAUCGCCAGUCAAGCAAUGAUAUCCGCUACAUUUUCAUGUGUUAAGCAAUCUAUGGCUCUUGGAUGCUUCCCGAGGCUGAAGAUAGUCCAUACCUCUAAGAGGAAAAUGGGACAAAUUUACAUCCCUGUAAUCAAUUGGUUCUUGAUGAUUAUGUGCAUAUUGGUCGUGUCGAUAUUUCAGAGCACCACGGACAUUGCAAAUGCAUAUGGCAUAGCUGAAGUAGGUGUUAUGAUUGUGAGCACGGCCUUGGUGACACUUGUGAUGCUUCUGAUCUGGCAGACAAAUCUGUUUCUUGCUCUAUGCUUCCCCCUGAUAUUUGGAUCAGUGGAGUUCAUCUAUUUAUGUGCUGUUCUAUCGAAAAUCGAGCAAGGUGGCUGGCUCCCACUCGUCUUUGCUUCGUUCUUCCUCUGCGUGAUGUACAUUUGGAACUACGGGAGUGUGUUGAAGUACAGGAGUGAAGUCAGGGAAAAAAUAUCCAUGGAUUUCAUGCUUGAACUUGGGUCAAGCCUUGGCACCCUAAGAGUACCGGGUAUUGGCUUGCUUUACAACGAGCUUGUUCAAGGCAUUCCAUCUAUUUUUGUGCAGUUCUUGUUGAGCCUACCAGCAAUCCACUCAACUAUAGUCUUUGUGUGCAUCAAGUAUGUGCCCGUGCCUGUGGUUCCUCAAGAGGAAAGGUUCCUAUUUCGAAGAGUUUGCCCUAAAGACUAUCACAUGUUCCGUUGUGUAGCACGAUAUGGUUACAAAGAUGUAAGAAAGGAAGAUCACCAUGCAUUUGAACAGCUUCUGGCUGAAAGUCUCGAGAAGUUUUUGAGAAGGGAGGCCGAAGAUCUGGCUCUAGAGAGCAAUUUACAUGAGAUGGAGUUUGACAAUUUGUCAGUGGGGUCCAGGGGCUCCAGGACUCGGAGUGGAGAUGGAGUGGAAGAGCUCCGAGUCCCACUCAUGCAGGUGCAGAGACUGGAGGAGGUGAGCACUUCGACCUCAGAAGAUGGUGUAUCGAUUUUGCCAUCUAGUGUCAUGGCUUCGGAUGAAGACCCGAGCUUAGAGUAUGAGCUUUCAGCUCUAAGAGAAGCCAUGGAUUCAGGAUUUACAUAUUUGCUUGCUCACGGGGAUGUUCGGGCGAGGAAAGAUUCUUUCUUUCUCAAGAAACUUGUUAUAAACUACUUCUAUGGAUUCUUGAGGCGAAACUGUAGAGCAGGAGCAGCAAAUAUGAGUGUGCCUCACAUGGACAUCAUCCAAGUUGGGAUGACAUAUAUGGUUUGACCUGUCGUCUGGCGCCAAUCUAUUAGACUUUCCCCUUGGUCAUCCAGUCGAUGUCGGCGAGGCAUUUUGAUCUCAUGUUGAGUAACUCAAAAUCUUGACAGGGGAUCAAAACAUGAAAUAAGGAUUAACACCUUUAUGGGUAGAGUGAUGCACAAACGCUUGGAGUCUCUUUUUAAGUCCUAACUGGUUUCUGGUGGUUCGCACUGAUCACUGCUCGGCACUGCUUCUAUGAGUCGCCUACUGUUUUUGGGUAGUCUCAACUGUUUUUCGCCACUUCGGCCAAUUGGGUUUUGAAAUUGUUAGUUCUCACUUUAGCUGUUCUCUUGGUAAAAGCUUUUGGUGCUGUCUAUCUAUAUCAUUUCAGCCCUUACAUAUUAUCAGUAA